GGUGACGGGGAUGAUGGGCAUGGCGGGCCUCAGAGACGGGCUCACACGUACGACGCGCCCCGCCCUCGCCUCCCGCCACGUGGAGCGCCGCCCCCUUCCCCCUCCGUCCCCGCCCUCUCUAUAAAUGCGGGGGCCUGGCGCCGCGCCGAGCUUACCUGGAACAGAGGCAGACAGCCACCGUCGCCGAGCGCGCAGCGCAGCACCUGACCGAGGACGGGUUGGGUACCCCGUGCAUCGUCGCCGGAGCAGGGAUGGGGAGGCAGCCGUGCUGCGACAAGGUGGGCGUGAAGAAGGGCCCGUGGACGGCGGAGGAGGACCAGAAGCUCGUCGGCUUCCUCCUCACCCACGGCCACUGCUGCUGGCGCGUCGUCCCCAAGCUCGCAGGGCUGCUGAGGUGCGGGAAGAGCUGCCGGCUCCGGUGGACCAACUACCUGAGGCCCGACCUCAAGAGGGGCCUCCUCUCCGACGACGAGGAGCGGCUCGUCAUCGACCUCCACGCGCGGCUCGGGAACAGGUGGUCCAAGAUCGCGGCGCAGCUGCCCGGGAGGACGGACAACGAGAUCAAGAACCACUGGAACACCCACAUCCGGAAGAAGCUCGUCCGGAUGGGGAUCGACCCCGUCACCCACCUCCCGUUGCAGGAGGCCCCCGCCGCUGCUGCUCCCGGAGAGCAGGAGAGCCACCUGCCUCCGCCGCCGGCGCCGCAGCAGGAGCACCAGCCUCCUAGCGAUGGCGGGUUGGUGCUGCAGGAGGACGACGCGGGCGAGGAGGACCUGCCGAUGAUCCAGGCGCACGAGAUCACCACGGUGCCACCGGCGGCGCCAACCGCGCCGGCGGCGAGCAACUGCGGCUCGGUUUCUUCUGCCUCCGCCUCCGGCGGCUCCGCGUCCGUGGUCUCGCCGUCCUGCUCCUCCUCGGCCUCGGCCUCGGCGGUGUCCGGCGUGGAGGCGACGGAGUGGCCGGAGCCCCUGUACCUGUUCGGCACGGACGGCAUCAUGGACGCCGCCUGGGACGACCUCUUCCCCGUCACCGGCGGCGGCGGCGGCGGCAUGGGCGGCGUGGACCCGUUCGACGGCUACCCGGGCGGCGGCUUCGACCAAGACGACGACUCGAUGUGACGCGCGUGAUCCGUCCUAGCAAUGCACAUAGAUUCGCCGUGGCUUCUUCUUCGAUCCAUCUCGCUUAGCACCAUAGGCCCAUAGCGGCAUAGCCUAGCUUUAGUCUCCAUGCUUUCUCUUUCAACCAUGGCGUGCGCGCGGCCAUGGCCGCCGAUCCGUGCCAUGGUCCGCCGUCGAACUUGAAUCGAGCGUCGAUAAACAAGAAUUGGCAAAAAUCGAGUGCGGCAGAGUCUAUGGUGACGCGUCCGGUGAUGAUCGAUUCAGCUGCCCAGUUUGGUCGGCGGACGCCGUGGCCACGGGAGUCUCCGGAGCUGUGAUCCUGGCAUCCUGCGUGGCGGCGCGCGCACGCGUGAGCCGGCUGGUGUCAGCUUCCGCGUUCUCGUGCGGCGGUGCUCCGGACACUCUCCGGCCGGGGCGGUGGCGCCGGCUGUCGCGACGCGGGCGUACGUGGCGAGCGGGAGCGCGCGUCGCCGCUUCUUUGACCGCUAAAUAACAUGCCAAGAUCGUGGUUCCAUUCA